AGCGCGCCUCCCUAUUACACUUGCUUUAUCCUCCUGUCUUCCGCCUUUUCUCCACGACGACGUCCUACACGGAAUGUCCGCCGUGCAACGCUCCGUAACAGAUCAAUUCGAUAUUGUGCGCCAGAGUCUCGAGCAGCUCGUCAACAACUGCAAGAGUUUGAGUGACUAUGUGCGCAAGCUUCUCAGUAUUGAGCAGGAGUAUGCGAGGGGGUUGCAGAAGUUGACAAAGAAUGCAGCAGAUACGAGCACUGGAAAGGCCGUGCAGUUCUUGGGAGCUGCUGGUGCUGGGUGGCUUUACACUCUGCAGUUGACACAGAAAGUGUCUGAGCACAGACUACAACUUGGUGACACAAUGGAAGAAAGAGCAAUAAGGACAUUGAAUAGAGUGUUUGAUGGAGAUUUGGACAAGCAAAGAAAACAGUUGAUAGCCGAAGGUCGACGUUACUCCAAAGAGAUGGAGCAAGCCAACCAAAAGCUUCAGAGAGCAAAAGCCAACUACGUCACUGCCGCUCGUGAGUGGGAAAACGUGCUGCUCGGCCUACACAGAGAACACGGAGACAUCUGGGCUCCGUCGGCAACAAAGCUUCGAGAGAAGGAAACGACAUCAUGCACAAAGUGCCAACAGAUGAAGAUUGCCUACCUCUCUGAAUUGACGGCAAUUAACGUUGUCCAGCAUGCUCACUACUUUGAGAAAAUGCCUCAAGUGUUGAGUCGACUUACACAACUGGCGCAUGAUGUCGUGUCUGUGAUGUGUGGAGCACUUCGAAUGCUACAACAACACGUCACCAAAACAGUAGAUGCAGAGCUGACCAAGACAUUCGUGUCCAAUACCGGCUGGUCGCCGCUCGAAUCACUCGACAUCAAGCAAUACUGCCACGACUUCAUCCUUUGCCACUUUGAUCCCGACGAUGCCAUCCCUCCCCAACCAUUCGUUUUCAAAGAAUAUCUAAUGGCCGACGAAGCAGCGUCAGUUCACGCAAAGAAAGUCCAAUAUGAAAUCAUCAAAUGCUUUCCUUCCGCAUCAGACCUGGGCAUGCAGGCACAAGGCAACCCAAGAUCGAAGCCACAGAAACAAAAGACGGCCACGUUCUACUCACAAGUGGCCGAGAGCGAGUCGUCUGGUGGAGAGAACACUCACGGUGUUGAGAGUCCAGAAGAGUUACUCAAGAGUGUGGAUAUGGCGAUUGGACGAAGCAACAGCAACUCGGUGUCUGCAAUGUUGUCUCUCCGGCAAGUGAUCCUACGAGGUGGGCAAGCGUUGAAAUCGCGGUUUUCACGUGAGGGGAUUUUGUUAGGCGAGGAUAUAUCACAACCGGUUCUUCAACCGUGGCCGUACACCUUCGGAACAGUGUCUGAUCAAUUGCCGUCAUAUCCCAAGCCGGAUUCACCAUCUUCUGCUUCGGUUGUACGAGUCACCGACGACGCUCCAGAUUCGUAUACAUCUCAGCUCUCUGUAAAGGCUGAGAGUGCAGAUGAGGCUCCGUUUGCUAUCCGUUUGUGUGUUGGAUAUCUCGAGCAGCCGGUUGCUCUCCGCGAGGAAGGCAUAUUUCGUGUUCCAGGAGACGUGACUCGAAUCCAGCAGCUGCAGGCGGCCUUGGUCACUGACGAAGACGGUGGAUCGUCGAACACGCGUCUUCGCUCGUUUCUAAUCAACGAGAUUAGCAACGAGUUGAACCCCAACACGGUGGCAGGAUUGCUCAAAAUGUAUUUACGUCAGAAAAGCAUGUUCUCGGCCGACGAAAGUCGCCAAAUGGCUGAUAUAUGUCGACUCGCUAAGGGCGAUCUGUUCCAGGCUUGUCGGCUAAUGAGGGACCUACUGCAGAGAGUCACGAAACGCAGCUACGCCAUACUACAAUCCGUGAUAAAAUUGCUGAUGAAAGUUGUUGAGUACAGUGACGAGAAUCGCAUGUCCAUGCAAGCGUUAGCUCUCUCGUGUGGCCUCUCUGUUUUCCCGGAGAUGUUCGACACCGGAGAUGCUGUCAUCACGCUCAAGUUUUUCUUGGGUAACUAUGACAGUUUGUUCGUAGUCGAUGCUAACGAAUGAUGAUGAGAUGAACAGCCGUUUGUAGUUGAUUUGUGUAGUUAUUUGCAGCAUCACAAACUGACUUUUCUCUUCAAACUUGAGAUCAAUUUGACAGUCAGCUUAAUUGGUUUCAUCACAUACAUUAGAGAAACUCUUGCUGUUACACUGUGGCAACCGUCUCUGGAUUCAAUGUCUGGUGUUGUCUGUGUUGUGUCUGUCCAUUGAUCUCAUCUGUUGUUAAUCUGUUG